AUGUCUUCCUUCAAAGCCCUCGGCAAAGACGUGGACGAAGCCGAGCAAGCCAUGAUCGAAGCUCGUAAGACACGAAAAAGAUACAUCAAGAUUGUCUUGUACUCCAUAGUCUUCGUGGCAGUCGUCGUCGCCAUCGUCGUCGGAACCACCACGGCUUCUCGUAACUCGGGAGGAAGUUCCAAGAAUGGAGGAGAGACCAAGUCUCUCACUUCCACCGUCAAGGCAGUCUGUGACUUAACCCUAUACCAGGACACCUGUUACAGAAGCCUCACUCCUCUCGCUAACUCCACCGGUAUCCUCCAGCCGGCGAAGCUCUUCAAGUUGUCGAUCCUCGUGGCGAAGAACGAACUGUCGAAAGCUGCCUACUACUUCUCCGAGCAUGAAGUUUUCGUCAAUGUCACCGAUAAAAUGUCCAUUGAAGCUUUGAAAAAUUGUAGAGAUUUGAUGGGACUGGCAAUGGAUCAUCUCAAUAGCUCGGUUUCGACCUCCGGUGACGACGAUCAGACCUUGAUCGAAGCCAUCGACGAUCUCAAAACUUGGCUGAGCACCGCCGGAACUUGCUACGAGACUUGCAUAGACGGUCUGAAGGAAGCGAAAGAGUCUCUCGUGGAGUCCAUUUCGAGUCAUCUCAAGAAUACCACCGAGGUGACCAGCAACAGCCUCGCCAUUGUCUCUUCUAUGUCGAAAAUCGCCAGGCGAUUAUUAUUGAAUUCCUCCGAGGAUGGUGAAUCCCAUGGAGAACCGAAAUGGAUUCGUUCUAGAGAUCGGAAGCUUAUCGAGAGUUGGGAUUUGAGGAAGAAGGCCCAUAUUGUAGUGGCUCAAGAUGGAAGUGGGAGGUUUAAGACAAUUGGUGAAGCUCUCAAAGCUGUUCCUGAUAAUAGCAAGAAGCGGACUGUGAUUUAUGUGAAGAAGGGGAUUUACUAUGAAAAUGUGAGAGUCGAGAAGUCCAAAUGGAAUGUUGUCAUGGUUGGUGAUGGGAUGACUGCCACUAUUGUCUCCGGCAGCCGCAACUUUGUUGACGGAACUCCGACCUUUUCGACCGCCACAUUUGCUGUGUUUGGAAAAGGAUUUAUCGGAAGGGACAUAGGAUUCCGCAACACCGCAGGAGCUAUCAAACACCAAGCAGUUGCCCUAAUGGCAAGUGCAGACAUGGUGGUGUUCUACAGGUGCCGGAUGGACGCAUUCCAAGACACUCUCUACGCACAUUCCAACCGCCAAUUCUACCGCGAAUGCGACAUCUACGGGACAGUCGAUUUCAUCUUCGGGAACUCAGCGGUGGUCUUCCAAAACUGCAACAUUCUUCCGAGGGUUCCAAUGAGUGGCCAAAAGAACACCAUCACAGCUCAAGGCAAGGUGGAUCCCAACCAAAGCACAGGCAUUGCAGUGCAGAACUGCACCAUUUGGCCGUUUGGGAACUUGUCCUCCGUCCAAACCUUCCUCGGGAGGCCAUGGAAGAACUACUCCACAACAAUAUACAUGAACAACUACAUGGCAAAUUUCAUCGAUCCCAAAGGUUGGAUGCCAUGGGUAGGAAAUUCAGCUCCAAGCACCAUUUUUUACUCGGAGUUUCAAAACUUUGGACCUGGUUCAUCCACGAGGAAUAGAGUCCAGUGGAAGGGUUUGAGAAGCAUUAGUAACAAAGAGGCAAACAGGUUCACGGUGCAGUCAUUUCUUAACGGUACUAAGUGGAUCUCUAAUGCUGGUGUUCCUUACAAAUCUGGACUUUGAGUGAUGGGAAUAAUAUUUUUCAUUGACUGAUGAUAAAAAUCAUGUAUUUUGUUACCUAAUUACUUUUCUUCUUCCUUUUUUCAAUAUUUAUAAAUUUGUUUUCGUUUUGCUCUAUUCCUUUUGUGAUACACUAUACUAACUGGUUUUGGCAAUCUUGAUUGAGUUUGAUUU